AUGUCUUCAAGUGGCGAGGACUUUGUCGAUUUGGAUCAAGAAUUGUCUUCAUGCGAAUCAACUUCUUCAGAAUCUUCAUUCAAAACAAAACAAAUUAAAAAUAAAUUAAAGAGGGAAUUAAAUAUUAAUUUGAAGGAAUUGGAUGGGAAUGAUGAAGAAGAUUUAUCUGAAAAUUUGUACAAAGUUAUUGGACAAGUUGAUGAACAACCUGUGUUGGAGAAGAAAGCAAACAAAUUUACUGAACCUUGGAUAGCAAAUGCUCACAAAUUUUGUGCAAAAAUGCUUGAUAAUUCUGUCAAUUUAUUACCUUUGGAUGAUCUUCUUAAAUUUGGUUUAAAACAAGAAUUUGUCAAUAAAUUAAAUACAUAUACAAAUGUAUGUUUUCCUGUCCAGUCAACAGUUCUUCCAAUUUUAUUAAACAAUAAAAAUGGAUUUUUGCCGGCUAGAGAUGUUGUUAUUUGUUCUCCAACUGGUAGUGGUAAAACACUUUGUUAUGUUCUACCAAUAUUAAAUAAUAUUUGUUUUGUUGAGGAUGCUUCAGCAGUUUAUGCUUUAAUUAUUGCUCCGUCAGCUUCUUUGGCUGAACAAAUAUUUAAGGAAUUUGAAAAGUUUAACGUAUUCAAUGCAAAAAUAGUUGCUUUGUAUGGAAAUACAACUUAUUUUCAUGAAAGAUCUGUGCUAUUUCCUAAUAAUUCUUGUAUAAGUCAAGCACAUUUAAUUAUUGCAACUCCUGGAAGGCUAUUGGACCAUUUAAUGGAUAAUGAUGGAAAUUUUAUCAAUUUGUCUAUGCUUCGAUUUUUGGUUAUUGAUGAGGCUGAUAAAAUGCAAGAUACAGCUAGAAUUGAAUGGCUUGAUGUUAUUGAAAGACUUUCUUGUGGUUUGAAAAUUUUUUCUGAAUUUUUGAACUUUUUUUUUCUAGCCUCAAUAGCUUCAACAAACAAUUUAUCAAUUUCUUCAUUGACCAAUAAUUUUAAACAAAAUUGUCAUCUUCAAAAAAUUUUGGUUUCUGCAACACUUUUAUUAGAUGUCAACAAAUUAUAUAUUUGGAAUCUUCGUUGCCCUCAACUUUUUUUGGCUACAGAUAAGGAAGUGGAGGAGGAAAUUAAUCAAGAACAACAAAAUGGAGAAAGUGAUCAAAUGAGUAUUUUAUUGCCGGAGUGUUUAAAUCAUAAAAUUAUUCGUAUAUUAAUUGCUUGUGAUCAGUUUUCUCGUGGUGUUGAUGUUCAAGAUGUUGAUUGUGUAAUAAAUUAUGAUGUACCUAUAAAUGAACGUAUUUUUAUUCAUCGUGCGGGAAGAACUGCUCGAGCUAUGAAGGGAGGAUUGUUACUUUCUUUGUUUACUAAAGAUGAGAAAAUGAGACUCAAGAAGCAAUUAUCUGGCCAUAAUUUGUGGAAAAAUGUUGAAGAAUUAAAUAAUUUCAAAGUAGAAGACGAAGAAGCAAUUAAACAAUACAAAAAAGCUUUAGCACAAUUGGAAAGUGAAUGUUUACCAAAAACUAUUAAAAGGAUAAGGAAAAGAAGAAUAUUGGAAAAGAAUCAAUAA